CACGGACACGGAAGGCUGUUGAAACGAGCUGCUCAUUAUUUCGAUAACAAAUAAUUAUUACAAACUCUCAGUAUAGACCUGGCACUAACAAACGAAGGAGAGUCUUUUUCGUCGUGGUGGUUUGUAAUGUAUGGAUGGAUAGUUGACGGAUUAUCGUCGCUCUUCGUGCCCUUUUCUGGUGGGAAAUCCGCAGCCUGGUCUAGUGAGCGCGGUAACGGUGAAGCACGAGCCGCGGGCACAGACACGGAGCGACAGGACAACAGCAGGCCCGCCAAACGCAACUAUCAAAGUGUGUAUUCCACUGAUGGUGCAACGGAAUAUCCAGAGACCAAGAGAGCAAGACAUGAUGUGAUCGUCAGAGUUGUCAAGAAAACUUUUGCAGGGAUUGCUGGGCUAUUCCGUUUGAAACGCCACAGAAAUAAUGAACAUGAAAAGCAGAAAGCCUAUACACCGGAUGGCAGCGUUGCCUUUAUGGGUAUUGAUGACAUACACAGCAACAGUCUGAGUACAUGGCGUGAAAGCAGCGCAAUGGAUAAGCAGAUAGAAAUUGGUGUUAAGAGUAAAGAGAGAACAGCACCCAAUGUCCACCACAACCCCCAUGCUUUUAGGAAACAUGAUGGAGUAAUAAUGUACAAGGGAAGCCAGGAUAGAUCCAGAGAUCCACCCCAGCGCAGAUCCCUGAAGUUGGUACCAUCUUGCUCUGCCCAAGGGCUAAGAGCAAGGCCGUCUGAGAUGGAAACCCCGAGCAGUACACACAAACCUUGCCUGACCGUGGAGGAGGCACUGCGAGAGAGUGAUCGUGAGCACUACAGGAAGCUGGUAAAGAUGGCGUCAGAGAAAUACUCCAAGAGUAAACCGCUGCCAUUUGGACGGAUGAAGCCUCUGAUCACUACUUUACCCCUCGAUGAACACAAGGCCACCUCCCUUAGUCGCACUACUGAAAUGGGCAGACCUGCUUCAGUGAGAGCCAUCUCCAACAUGACUGUGUGGAGGAAUCCAAUAUCACUGAUGCAGACAAAAGAGAGAAUGAUGGAUGUUAAUAGGAGCACACUAGGAAUUGAUGUAAAGGGAAAAGGACUGGACGGUCAAACGGCAAGAAAAAGCCCUGUAGAUGUGGAUCUGUCGGCAGAGGUUGAGGCCAGAUUGAAUCUUAGGGAGAAAGACACAGCAGCCGGUCAUCAGCCCUUGUUACCGUCCAGACCUGAACUGAUUACAGACACAGUGAGGCGUGGUGAGGAGGAGUUUCUCAGACUGACCAAGGAGAUGCAGCAGGAAGUGAGUGCUGCUCUUGCCCAGAGUGAUCCAAACCUGGUUCUGUGCAGUGCUUUCAAACUGCGCAUCACACAGAGGGAUCUGGCAACCCUGCAAGAAGGCAGCUGGCUUAAUGAUGAGGUGAUCAACUUCUACAUGAAUCUUGUGAUGUCACGCAGUGAGCAGGAAGUAGGGGGCAGGAAGGUCUACUCUUUCAGCACCUUCCUCUUUCCCAAGCUACAUAGUGGUGGACAUACUGCAGUACGGCGGUGGACUAAGGCUGUAGACCUCUUCCAGUAUGACAUCAUCCUGGUUCCCCUUCACCUGGGUGUUCACUGGUCCCUUGCGGUUGUUAACUUUAAAUCAAAGUCUGUACGGUCAUAUGAUUCCAUGGGCCAAAGGCAUGAUGACAUCUGCAACAUGAUUCUGCAUUAUCUGAAAGAGGAGUUCAAGGUAAAGAAGGGCAAAGAUUUGGACAUCUUGAAGUGGACAGUGAGCAGUCUACGGCCUACCGAGAUCCCUCAGCAGAAGAACGGAAGUGACUGUGGUGUGUUCGUAUGUAAAUAUGCUGAUUAUAUCACCCGAGGAUGCAACCUUACAUUCAGACAGAACCAUAUGCCGUUUUUCAGGAAAGCUAUGAUCUGGGAGAUUCUCAAUCAAAAGCUGCUGCAAUAGCAAUGCUGGGAAUGACUUACUGACUGAAUCCGAUUGACCAAAGCACAGGACCACCUACAUGAAAUGCGUGUCCCCCCUGUUCAUUUUGUAGAGGCAUUUUGCCUUCGUUUAGCCUCUUGCAAAAUUCCAUCCAAUUGUUUUCACAGGACAGUGGAUUUCUGGUUCCAGGGAAGGUUUGUGUGCACAAAAACGGGCCCCUUUGCUGUACAAAUCCAAACACUAAUAGCGCAAAUAUGGAGCAAGUAGCCGAACAGCGGACUGGGGUGUGAAUGGAUGUCAGCUGGUGGAAGCCUCAUUAGCAGUUUACGUGAGGCUGUCACUGUUGUCAUUCCAAGAAUGUAGUCAAAUCACCCCCUACUAGUUAUACUUUAAACAGGUCCCAGUUCACUGAAGCUACUAUAGAAAUGUGCAAGAUAUAAUGUUUUUCUGUAUACAUUGCUGUCAAUGUUUCUUUAGCAUUAACCAGUCUAUUUUUACAUCAUAUUUGAAUCGGUAAGGAAUAAGUUUGAGUUCUAAGAAAUAUAGUGGUGUCAGCUUAAAGGGACAGUUCACCCCAAAAUGAAAAUGUAUUUACUCACCCAUGACACCCCAGAUGUUUAUGACUUUCUUUAUUCUGCAGAACACAAAAAAAGAUUUUUAGAAAAAUAUCUCAGCUCUGUUGGUCCAUAAGUGAAUGGUGAUCAGAAUUUCAGAGCUCCAAAAAUCACAUAAAGGAAACAUAAAAGUAAUCUAUAUGACUUCAGUGGUUAAAUCCAUGUCUUCUGAAGCAAUAUGAUAUGAUAGGUGUGGGGGAGAAGAAGAUCAAUAUUUAAGUCCUUUUUUAAUAUUAAUCUGCACUUUCAUAUUCCUCUUUUGUGUUUGACAAUUCACUUUCUUUGUGCAUAUAGCCACCUAAUGUGCAGAGGACAAUUCAUUGUAAAAUAUGAGUAUUGAUCUGUUUUUCACCCACACCUAUCAUAUUUCUUCAGAAGAUGUGGAUUACGUCUACGCUGCCUUUUAUGUCCUUUUGAGCUUUAGAGUUCUGGCUACCAUUCAUUUGCAUUGAAUAGACCAACAAAGCUGAGAUAUUCUUAAAAUCUUCACUUGUGUUCAGCAGAAGAAAUAAAGUGAUACACAUCUUGGAUGGCAUGAGGGUGAGUAAAUCAUGAGAAUUUUCAUUUUUGGGUGAACUAUCCCUUUAAGACUUGGAUGUUUUUUAAGCCAACAAUGUCACCCAUUAGUCUCUCAGAUCCAUCUUAAAUGAUGGCAAGGUUUAUUGUGAGUUGCGAUGAUUUACUUGUACUGAAAACAGCAGUAUUCAGUUAAUAGUUUUUUCUUGUGUCGAAAUACAACUGGCCUCAAGUGCCUUGGUCAAAGCAAAUGUCGUAUUUUAAAGCUGUAAAAGAAAAAUUGUCAUGAAAUAAUAUUAUGACUUAAAACCUUAUAUUACUAAGGCAUCGGACAUGCUUGUAUUAUAGUUGUCUAUUUAGGGAAUCGACAAGACUUAUGGCAAGUAAAAUCACAGUUGGAUGACAGGGAUAGAAAUGCUUUUGUUUUCUUUUAGGUGCUAAAUACUAUAAUUUCAUGGGCUGUAUUAGACUUUCUUUUGAUUGAACCGUAAAUGGAGAGCAGUGUUGUGCCAAAAGGACUGUUUUAGUACUUCAUUUCUGCAGUUCUGUUCUUCUGUCAUAUAGUAAUACAGGAUCAAAAAGUGCUUUAUUUCCAACUUGAAGAGAAGAAAUAAGGUCUAUAUUUAUUUGUUUCUAUGUGUUUUGUUUUUCAGGGGGUUUUUUUCAGUUUGAAUGCUUAUCCUUAUGUUGAUUUAUUAGUGAGAGUGAAGAAUGUUUGAUUGCUUGUGGAUGAGCAGAACAUGUUCUGAUUUGAGCUUUAAUAUAGAAAAUGAAAAGGCCCUCUGCAUAUGCACAAUUUGUGUCAUUUAUGCAGAAUGUUGGUCAUUAUUUUUGUAAGUAAUAAAGAUGAGAA